CUGACUGCUGCUCAUUUCAGGGCCGAGGAAGCGAAGGCCGAGCUCAAGGAGUUCGUGGCAUCCAGUCGGCUGUUGGAGAUUGAACUGGACAAGGAGCUCACCGAAACCAAAUUAUCAUUAAGCAAACGUGAUAAAGAAGUUGCCACUCUGAGACGGGAACGAGAACGAUUUCAGGAUCGUUGCCGCAGACUGGAAGAGGAGAUGCGUGAUCUGAAGCAUGUUGGGCAGCUGGCUUCCAGACAGCCUGGCGCAGCAUCAGCAAUUUCUUCCGCAUCCACAUCAAAUAACCACAUUCCCAGUCCUGUUUCCCAAGGACGGCGAUCAACCGAUGCAGUAUCGCAAUCUGUGAAAUUAGUUAGAAAUGGUUUCACAUCUCCCGAAAAGUAUGAGAAGUGCUCGCAGGAUGCUGUCGAAAAGAAAUCGCCCACUAAUGCAAAUCCAAAGAGCAUUGGACCACUUGUGAACGCUUUGCCACCUCCGUUGGCUAGUAACGUUUCUUCAGUGCUCGGCGACCUUCUGGGGACAAUUCAAGCUCUUGAAGAAAAAUUGCUUUUGCUGCAUCCAGAACGCAAAGCAGCAGCUUGCGACAAUGGAUUUGGACCGAACAGACGGAGUUAG